AUGGACCCUGUGGCCGCCGACGCCGGCGCCACCAAACUCAACCCCAACAACCAGCCGGCGACCGCCCGGAUGCUCCGGCUGGUCAGCGGCACCCUCCGCAGUCUGCGCGAGGACCAGAGCCGUGCCGGCGACUCGCUGAACGGCCUGCUGAAGCGUGAGUUGCUCCCGCCCGCUGCCAUCGCCCUGCCCCAGCUCGGGGCGCCCGCGCCGCCAACGCAGUCGCCAAUGGCGCCGCCAGCGCCGCCCCAGGCACCGCCAGCGCCGCCCCAGGCACCGCAUCAGUCGCACCCGCCGCCGCCACCGCCACAGACGCUGCGUCAGUCCCAUCAGGCGCCGCCGCAACAGCCGCGGCUGCCGCCACCAGCGCCCGCCGGUGAAGACCCGCUGUCGCCCUUGCCCAUGCCGCCGCCAAAGCCGCGGCCGCCGCCCUCGCUGACCCAGAAAGACUCUCCCAUCGAGAAGAAGUCGCAGCAGCAGUUCCACCGGCGCCUGGUGGGCGACUGGCACUUCAUCCGCACCAUCGGCGCCGGGCUGAUGGGUAAAGUGAAGAUGGCCUACCACCAGCAGCUGAAGGAGAUCUGCGCCGUGAAAAUCAUCCCGCGCGCUGCCAAAGUGUACCAGCGAGCCCACGCCAACGACCCGCCGCCGCUGACCCCUCAGGAAGCGGCGCAGCGGCAGAAGGAGUUUGAAAAGGAGAUCGCCCGCGAUAAGCGCACCAUCCGAGAGGGCGCUCUCGGCCGGUUGUUGUUCCACCCUUACAUUUGCCGUCUCUACGAAAUGGUGCCACUUACCAACCACUACUACAUGUUGUUUGAGUACGUCGAGGGCGGGCAAAUGCUUGACUAUAUUGUCGCUCACGGCUCCCUCAAGGAGAAGCACGCCCGCAAAUUUGCUCGCGGCAUUGCCCUGGCGCUCGAGUACUGCCACCGCAACAACGUCGUCCACCGCGACUUGAAGAUCGAGAACAUCAUGAUUAAUGCCAAGGGUGACAUCAAGAUUAUCGAUUUUGGUUUGCUGAAUUUAUACUCGCCCGCGCUGCUUUUAAAGACCUACUGUGGUUCUCUUUAUUUCGCUGCUCCUGAAUUACUCUCAGCGAAGCCCUAUACCGGUCCCGAAGUCGACGUGUGGCUGUUUGGCGUUGUCCUCUACGUAUUAGUGUGUGGUAAGGUCCCCUUUGACGACCAGCUGGUGCUGGUGCUUCACGAGAAGAUCAAGAAGGGGAACGUCGAGUACCCGCUGUUUUUGCUGAGAGAGUGCGUGCUGUUAUUGCUGAGAAUGCUCGUGGUCGACCCCAGCAAGAGAGCGCUGCUAUACGAGGUGAUCAACCACCCGUGGAUGAAUAAGGGUUACGAUCACAAGACCCAGCUGUACGUGCCUCCGAGAAAGCCGUUGACACUCCCAUUGGACCCGGAGAUCAUCAAGACGAUCGCCCUGUUUGAUUUGGGCUCCGUCCAGCUGAUCACCGACGAGUUGACCAAGGUGUUACUGCUGCUAGAGUAUCAGAUGUCGUGCGAGAACUGGCACAAGAUCACCGAGCUGGGGCGCGAGUACGCGCUGGCGCUGAACGCCCACUUGUUGCCCGACCCCACCGGCGGCUUCCACCCGCUCAUCUCGAUCUACUACCUCGUCGACGAGAUGAGAAAGCGGAAGAAGGCGAAGGAGGAAGCGCUUAGAAAGCGUGAAUCUAGCGCUAACGCUGCCGCUACUCCCGAUCAAGCGGCGGCGGGAUCAGCAUUGCCGCCAGCACCGCCAUCAGCACCGCCAGUGCCGACGAACUUGGAGGCCGCCGCCGCUGCCGUCGCCAAUAAUCUGCGCGCAAUGGCCCAACCACCCAUCCCUGUCGAGGCUCCUUCCACCCCCAAGAUGCCUCACACCCCGCAAAUGCCGACGCCGCCAGUACAGCCGACUACGAAUACUCCCCCCCUCGCCACUGGCGCCACCACUGCCCCUGUCCCUACUUCCUCCGCUACCACCACCACCACCACAAACACUUCCACCUCGGGCAGCUCCACCCUACCGGCACGCCUGCGCACGCCUACCGCCGACGUCGCUUCUUCCACCACGGCGCCGAUGCAGCUGCCGCUCCAGCAGAUCCAGGCCCAGGAGGCCGCUUCCCGCGACACGCUGCCGCGCCCGCAAGCGUCGGCAAAUACGCUGGCGUCGUCGCUGCUGGGGGCAGCGUUAGCCCCCAAGCGGCUGCACCGCACUACCGCCAUUGUCGGCGCCCUGCCCGACCCCAACCGCCACCAAUUGCCCACGGAAAUCAACGUCAUCACCUCCCCGGGUCGCGAGGGCAAGCCGGUGGCCACCACCGUCGACGCCCCCGUGUUGGAUGCUCCUCCCCGUCGUCCGUUUUCACCCGACGUCUCGGAUAUGUUCAAGGCUCUCGACACCAACGUCGACAUUGCCCCCCUCCAGAUCCCCGAACCGGCUCACCUGGUCGAUGUGGACCCCAGACAACAGCAUUACGACGAUUUGACGACGGCGCCUUCGCCACCCGCGGCUACCGUGCCUCCCGUACCUCAAGCUCCUGCCCACACUCAGCAACAGCUGAUGGGCCACGGCCAUUCUUCCUCCACCAGCGGCGCCAGCGAACUUGGCUCGAAGCUGGGGAUCAAUAACUUGUUGCGUAAGCUCUCUUCCAAGAGACAGCCGCGGGUACUGCCGCCGCCGCCGGAGUUUCUGGCUAUCGGCUCCACUUCCGAACUGCCCCGCAAUGACCCGCUUGUCCGCCGCGGUGUGCUGAUGAAGGUCACGGCGAAAGAACAGCAAGCGCUGGCCAAUUCCGCCCAGAUGGACGCAAGAAGAUCGCUGCUGCAAAAACGCCAACACGGCCGACUGCACCUGCAGAAGGGGUUCCAUGGGUUUACCCCAGUGGAGUACUUGCCUCCUUUACCUACUUUACAAGGUCAAUCUGGCUCAGGCACUGCUAGCGGCAGCCUGAGCCCACAACUGGCCCAGGUCCUGCAGUUCUCCGUCACUCCCCUGACGCUGUUGCGGCGCAAGUUCCACCCCACUGCUCGCGCUAAGCUGGUGGGCCACGUACGCAAUAAGUCCCACGCCAUGGGCUCUAACUAUGGUGGUGGCAGCUCGGGUCCCGUGCCUCCCUUGCCCAGCGCUAUGGGCGCCCAGAACUCCGAUGACAACUUCAUGGCCGAUGCCUUUGACGAUAUCAACUUGAACGACGUCAACGAGCUUCCCGAGUGGCCCCACGAGGUGCCUCCGUUAUCCGACGAGGAAAUUAUGGAACACUACCGCCAGGCCCGUCCGGGGCUGAUGCCGCUGAUCGAGCACCUGAAGACGAUGUUUUUGAAGGGGUUCUUCUCCGUACAGACGACGCUGACGAAACCGCUCCCCGUGAUUCGCUACAACAUCAUCCGCGUGCUUUCGAAACUAGGGGUACGGUUCCAGGAGGUGAAGGGCGGAUUUAUCUGCUCUCACACGCCCCUGUACCAGCCUACAUCUGACGAACCGGAAGCGGAGAUUACUCCCGAAGAACGUAAGCUCUAUGGUGAUGCGUUCAAGCUGACGCUGUCGCUGAUCGACGGCACCACCGUUCACACCCCGGAGAUGAAGCAAGUGCUGCGCCAGUCGCUGCUUAAACACAUGCUUCUGCCCAGCGACAUCCCUCAGAGCCAGCAAGGGUCGUUAUCCCACCGGCUGCUGGGCUCGAUGCUGGGCCACCGCCGCAUGGCUCUGUUUACGAGACAACGCGAUAACAACGGCCAGCCCGCGGCCCCGCCUCACACUCCCGCAGCAGCCAAGGCUCUUAGAGGCCACGGCGACGAGGUGGACUUAGCUGACGACUCCAACGAGUUCAGAGCCUACGUGCUUAACCAACCGGAGGACUCCGUCGACUCGGUGAAUAUGCUCGCCGUCCACGGCGGCAGCGACAUGUUGGUGCUGCUGCGGAUCGAGCAGCGGGCCCGCCAUCACCACAGCCUGCUGGUGCUGAGCACCGGCGGCUCAGGCACCGGCAGCUCUGGCCGGGGCGUCAAGCGCACCCCUGUCAACUUCCAGAUCGAGAUCGUUAAGGUGCCCAUUGUCAACUUGCACGCGUUGAUCUUGAAGAAGAUUGUCGGCAAUACCUGGAACUACAAGCACUUGGCCGACCGCAUCAUCAGCGAUUUGAAUUUGUGA